GGAGGUGACUAUCAAGUUCCCAACAUGGAGGGGUGGCCUUUUUGACUACGCCUUUGCGGAUCAUGGUAUGGCGAAUGUGCCCAAGCUCUCCGUCGAACUUGCAAUUGAUGCCGAGGUGCCUGGAUGUGCAGAAUGCCCUGGCAAGUUUGUCAACCUGAAGCAUCUUAUAUUGAGCGUGGAUGUCCUCGCGCGUGAUUCGCGUACAAGUGGCAUUCUUCGUUUGGCUUGCCUUUUGGAAUUAAGCCCAGUUUUGAAGCAUCUUGAACUGCAUCUGCUAUGCCCAGUCGGAACAUGGGAGACGUUGAAGCGGAUAGAGGAGUUGCCCCCGGCCCGUGAGCUGCAUUAUCGUCUGAAGACGUUACUGAUGACGGGAGUCUAUGGCUACAACAACUUCUUUGUUCUGGCACUGCAUUAUGCUCGAACCGCCACGGCGCUCGAGCGCAUGGUCAUCGAUCCGGAGGCGAGGAAGAGGUAUGUCUUGACUCGUGACGCGGUAGAAGAGAACGCGGUCCAUGGGGGCCGACGGAUGGCCAAUGAACACCUUCGGGGACGGGGCUUGGAUGGCAUCCUCACCAUCUUGUAACAUCGACCUGACUUUUCUGGAACAUGAUAUCAUGACUCAUUUGUAAAAUUCGCAAAUGUUUCCUGUUAAGAAGUUCAGAAGCAGAGUAA